AUGAGCAAGCCACCGCCCCCUCCUCGGCAUGGGGAGAACCCCAGAACCACGGCCGGCGGCACUCUGCCCACAGGCCGCUACGACAUCUUCAUCAUACCUGAACACUCUGCCGGAGCCGGCUUUUUGUACCUGCCCUCGCUCAAGCCACAAUGGAACAGCUUCUUCGCGGGCGUGGUUACCACUCUGGCUCUGAUUGCCAUGUCGAAUAUGCUGAGCCCUGCGAUUAUGGUCUUUUUCUACGGGCCUGCUGCUUCUGGUAACUGGCCGGUGAUCAUAACCACAAUUCUCGUGUGUGUGGCUGCUGGCGCCUACUUCCUCGGUCGUCAUCACAGCGCGCCCGUGGCACGAGAUGGUUGGGAUCGCGACGACCCGGGCCAUCGGAAGGGCGGAAAGUACGCCCAUGACUGGUAUACCCCGCCCCCCCCUCCUCCGCCUCCGAAGCACGAGCAACCUUCGAAACAUUCUCCUCCGCCGCGUCCUCCUCCAACUCCCCCUGCUGAGGAUAGCCCAAGGGGUAGCAGACGGCCACAACCAUCUUGGGAGGAAGAGUCAUGCGAAGAGUCACCCAAGCCUGAAACCGAGACAGAACCGGAACCAGAGCCGGAACCAAAGCGUGAGCCUGAACCUGAGCCCGAACCCGAGCCUAAGCCUGAGCAUAAACCUAAGCGCAAGAAGAGGUCUGAGUCGAAGACCGAACCGAAGCCUGAACCAAAACCCGAGCCGAAGAUCGACCCAGUUCUGGAGCCAGAGCCAGAGCCAGAGCCAGAGCCAGAGUCAGAAGCAAAGUCUGAGCCUGAGCCCUCUCCUGGACCUAAGCCAGAGCUUAAGGUCGAGACAAAGCCUCAGAAAUCUCAGCGCAAGCAGAAAUCUAAGUCGAAGGCUGCGCCGCCGCCGCCUCCUCCUCCUCCAGAAGUUGAGACUGAGCCGGAAUCAAAGCCUGAGCCUGAGUCCAAACUGAAACCACGGUCUAAAUCUAAAUCCCAGCCUAAGCAGCCCAAGCCUGAACCUCAACCUCAGUCUCAGCCCACGCCGGAGCCUCUGUCUCAACCCCAACAACAACCUCUGACACAACCACAGCCAGUAUUUGAAUCACAGCCACAGGUUCAAUCCGAAUCAGAGCCUCUAUCUCAACCGCAACAACAACCACCUACGUCACAACCACAACUUCAGGCUCAGCCUCAACCCCAACCCCAACCCCAAUUCUAUCCCCAACACCCUCAACCCCCUCAACCCCAGCCACAACCUCAAUUUUACCCUCAACCUCCACUUCACCCUCAAUAUCAGCCUCAGCCGCAGUAUCAACCACAGGCGAUACCCCAACCGCAGCAUCAGUAUCAGCCAGUACCUCCCCAACCUCAGUAUCCACCACCUCCUCAACCCCAACCACACUAUCAGUCACAACCGCAAGCUCAGACCUACUAUCCACCUCAACCACAUCUUCAGCCUGAGCCACAAGCCCAAGCCUUUGUUCCUCCCCCUAUCCCUCCGCAGCCUGAACCCCAGGCGAUUCCCCAGCCGAAGCCACAGGAGUUGGCGCAUGAGGUCCCUGAGGCAGAGCCUCAAUUACAACCUACACCACAAUCGAAGGCUCAACCUGCCGCUGAGCCAGAGCCUCAGCCUCAAGCGCAACAACAGCCUAAGCCAACCCCUCCUCCGCAACCCCAACAGCAGGCUAAGCCAUCCACUCCAACCAGCCCGAUCGCUUCCAAGCUCGAGCAGGCGAAGGGUGCCUGGGAAAAGGCCCGUGAAGAGAUGCGCCGCAGGGAAGAAGAGCGCAAAGCCCGCGAGGCCGAGGCCAAGAAGAAGGAAGAGGCUGCCCGUCGGCUGCGCGAACUCCGUGAGCGCGAAGCUAAGGAGCGCGAGAGACGCGAGAAGGAAGCGCGUGAGCGUGAGCUGCGUGAACGCCUUCGCCAAGAGCAGGAGCAGAGGGAGAAGGAGCGGCUGGAGAGAGAGAUUCGUGAACGGAUUGAGCGGGAGCUGAGGGAGAAGGCUGAGAAGGAGGCUCGGGAGCGCGAGGCGCGCGAGAGGGAAGCGAGGGAGAGGGAGGCUAGGUUAAGAGAGGAGUUGAGGAAACAGGAAGAGGAGAGGGAGAGGUUGGAAAGGGAGCGGCAGGCGCUGAAGGAGAGGGAAGAGAGGGAGAGGAUAUUGCGCGAGGCAAGGGAACGGGAAUUGAAGGAGGCUAUGGAGAGGGAGAGGAAAGAGAGAGAGGCUAGGGAGAGGGCCGAGAGGGAGAGGUUGUUGAGGGAGGCUAGGGAACGGGAGAGGAGGGAGCGUGAGGAGAGGGAGCGUAGGGAGCGGGAGAUCAAGGAACGAAAGGAGAGGGAAGAGAGGGAACGGAGUGAAAGGGAAGAACGGGAGAGGAAAGAACGUGAAGAGAAAGAGCGUUGCGAACGUGAAGAGCGCGAGCGGCGUGAGAGGGAAGAGAGGGAACGUAAAGAGCGGGAGGAGAGGUUACGGAGAGAACUAGAGAGGCAACGAAGGGAACGCGAGGAGAGGGAACGUCGCGAACGCGAAGAACGGUUACGAAAGGAAGCUGAAGAACGGUUGCUGAAAGAGGCUGAAGAGAGGGAAAGGAUGCGGAAGGAAAAUCUCGAAAGGUUGCGCAAGGAGCAAGAGGAGAAGGAGAGGUUACGCAAAGAACAAGAAGAGAAGGAGAGGUUGCGCAAAGAACAAGAAGAGAGGGAGAGGUUACGGAAAGAACAAGAAGAAAAGGAACGGGAGCAAAGCACGCGGAAGGGCACCCCAUAUGCGUACAAGGUCCACGAAAAGACCAGCAUGUACCCGGAUGGCAUCAACCCCAACGCCUCGACCGUUUCCUCUGCCGGUUCAGCUUCUUCGACGCCUAGGCCUGCCACUGCUGCGGCUCCGGGAUCUCCCACCAAAGGGUCCCCAACCAAGCCAGCCCCGUCCACGACUGGGUCCUCCAUCCCCAGACCGACCGCCUCGGCAACCUCCACAGCGUCUUCCAUCCCCAAACCAACCGCCUCAACAACAUCAACGGCGUCCUCCUCUAUCCCCAAGCCUACCCCAUCCCAAACCGGCACAGCCGACCAAUACUCCUACCGCCCCUACGACAAGCCCAAACCAACCCGCAAGCCCUCCUUCUCCGAUUACUCCGAAGCCUCCUACGCCCCAUCAGCCUCCACAGCCCGCACAACCCCCCCGCCCUCCAUGCGCGGCGGCUACACGACUUCCGACCCGCAAAAGAUUGUCAUCAAAGCCGUCUACGCCUACCUCAACCAGUUCUCUAAGACCCCCUGCUCCCAGCUCGUCUCGGGCGUCGGCCCCGUCACGGAGGGUCUCAUCCUGCGGAUUACUAGCGCCGGCUUGUUUGUCGAUGACGACGUCCGUGGUGUCGCGCAGCGCGAAUGGGAUAUCAAGGCCUGGACCCUCAAACUAAUCGAAGUCUGGUGCCCCGUGCACGCGACCAAGGAAACCACCUCGCAGGCGAGCCAGAUCCCGACCAACCAUCCCUACUUCAAGACUAUGCCUACGUCGAUGCGGCGCUCGGCAGAGAGGUCGGGUGCCACGAAGACGCUUAUGGGCGAGGAGGCGGGCGAGUGGGUGUCCCAGCUAGGUACGACCUGUGAUGAAGUUUGUAAGAAGGGAGAGGGCGCUGGGUAUAGUGAUGUUGCGGGGGAGGAGUGGAAGGGCAUGGGGCUGCAUUUGAUUCGGGCUACGCUAAGGGAUCAGGAAGGGAAAAGGUUUUUGUUUGUGAUUCCCGAGGAGGAGGCGUGGAAAAUUGCAGCCGGGUUGGCGGCGCUCAGGACGAGUAGUCAGAUUAGGGCGUUGGGGUUCUGUGGAUUUGCGGGGGCGGAAGCGAAGGGGUGCUUGGAGACGCUGGGGUGGUGGCGGAAGUGA